UUUGUCGUGAAAGAGUGGGAUAGGGCUGUAGUGUGGGUUUGUAGAUCUAUUUUACUCUAGAUAUGACGUAAUUUCUCGCUAGAAAUUACGUCAUUUUUACGUCAUUUACGCGUGUGCGGGUGGGAGCGUAGGCUCGUGGUGGCUGUGAGGCGUGAUUGGUUGUGGUGUGUCAGGUGGUAUGACUGGCCAACAAGACGGUUACGAGACUGAAAGAUCUAGAGAUGCAGGCUGAGCGUUUGGACUGAAAGAGAGAAAGAACUGGACGACAAGCUGGGCUUUACGAGAUACCUCUAGGGAGAGACAGUGAUCUUGACAUCUCAAGUCUUCCUUUGCAAUUGUCCUUCGCCGAACUACUGAGAGAAAAGGACCUCAACCUAGAAGGUGAUAUAGCCACACGGUCGUACCUGUGCGUUGGAAAGAACAACUUCGUCCGACCUGACGACCAAGUAACGGACAAGUGUUCCGGCCACUGGUAUCGGUGUUGCGUCCAUACCAAGAUCGUCGGCCUGCUAGCGACAGUACGAAGUGUACCUUCCUCGUACUCCUCUCGUCGCGUGCCGAUCUACAGAAGACCGAAGUCUUCGGACAAUAUUUCUUCUGCGGCGCGACGAGAGAUUACCAUACUGCAUCCGCCAUUGGACAGUGCAGUGACAGUUGUGCGUGUGUGUUCUGCAAGAACUAAUCUCCACACCACAAAGUCGAGAACACAGCUAAGUGGCGUGCGCAUAAGGAGUGUACGGGGAGAGUGUGUGAGCAGUAUUGUGUGAGGAGUAUUGUGUGAGGAGUAUUGUGUGAGCAGUAUUGUGUGUAUGACAGAUAAGGUUAGAUCUGGCUCUCAGUUAUCUGGACAUAAUAGAAGUAGGGGAAAUAAUUAGGUAAACGGGACGGUCUAGACAACGAUCAAGGGUUCAUACUUUGUAAUUGUAAUAUUUUUGGGUUUGUAUGAACUUCUGGAAAUAAUAAUUAACAUCUUUUAAUGCACUAAAUUGCCUCGUGUUUUACUUUGGGGUAUGCGUGCUUGGGGGCUCGAGCUGGUUAGAGUGGAUAAUUAAUAAGCAAUUUAGUGUGGUAGCACGUGGUAAGUGUCGACGUGGACUUGGUGGGGGUAUAGACGGUGUGUUGGACUGGUGAUAGAAAUCGUACCCCUUACCAAAUCUACGGACCCUGCCCCAGGUUUGCGACAUAGUGGUAGGCUCUGUCCGGGAUUGAAUUGAAUUGUAUCCCUUUGAAGUAGUCCAGGUAGCUGUGAGUCACUGUAGAGGCUGAAUGUGCUUUGGUAAUCAAGCCAAGCCUAGUAGCUAGCCUUAAGGUACACACUGUUUUGGUAUAUACUGUUGUAUAUUGUACGCACGUGCUUCGUGUCGCACGUGGCGAUUUGCAGCAUAGCCCGAAAUUGAUACCUGUGUGCAGGGCUUGUUGUAAGUUGUUUUAUCACACUAGCCGAGAGAGAGUCGGUGUGAUUGGGCAGGGUAUCUUGGAUUAGAUAGCCUGGCGAUUGCUGCCUUACUUGCUGUUGUCGCUAGCUUAACAGUGGAGUGAUUUCGUGUAAGCUAGUGGAGGGCACAGUGUGUGUGUAAGGAAGCAGAAGGCUGGUGUGGAGUGAGGUUAUUUUGGAGAAGAUAACCUGAUUGUUGCUUUGCUUACUUAACUGUUAUGUUGUUAGCUUAACGAUUGGGUGAUUUCGUGUAAGUUAACGUAAGACUGACAGUGAGUAAGUGUGUGUUAUAUUCCUGAUUACGAACUGUGUAGCUAGCUUGGCUUGGUUACCGUUGCUGCGAGCUUGACGAUUGUGAGUUCGUGGAAGCUAGCACAAGACAGGGGGGUGGUCCAUUCGCAAGUGUAGUUGCAGUUACGUGAUAGGACUAAGUUGCGGAGAUGGCAGAUAAGCUGCAGGCCGAAUUCGCUAAAACCGCUACUGAGAAGAGGGAAGAGUUCAGAGCGGAAGGGUUGAGGGCAGAGUUUAGCGGCAACAAACUCGAAAAGUUUGUAAAUGAUGAAAUGGCAAACUGGAGAGCAGACAAGAAAGCUUGGGAAGAACGGGAAGAGAGGGAACGCCAGGAUAGGAAAGAACGGGAGGAGAGGGAACGCCAGGAUAAGAAGGAACGGGGGAGAAGGAACGGGAGGAGAGGGAACGCCAGGAUCAGAAGGAACGGGAGGAGAGGGAACGCCAGGAUAAGAAGGAACGGGAGGAGAGGGAACGCCAGGAUAGGAAAGAACGGGAGGAAAAAGAGAGAGAACGCGAGGAAAGAGAAAGAGAGAGAGAACGCGAGGAAAGAGAAAGAGAGAGAGAACGCGAGGAAAGAGAAAGAGAGAGAGAACGCGAGGAAAGAGAGAGAGAACGCCAGGAAAGAGAGAGAGAACGCGAAUAUGAGCUGAAAAUGGCCGAACUUAAACUCAGAGCCGAAACGUGCGCGGAUAGAAGGUUGAGUAGCGGCAGUGAAAAGGAGUUGGUAAAUAGUGAGAGCGAUGCUUUGGGGGCUGGAAGAGGGACCGAAGUUAAGAUGGCGCCGUUCGAUUGUAAAACUGACCAGAUAGAGAGGUUCCUGACACAGUUCGAAAAGCUGGCCAGGGCGAGUCGGGUACCAUGCGAUAGUUGGGCGAUUCAGUUGUCAGGACUUCUCCGCGAUAGCGCGAAACAAGUCUAUCACCAGCUAAGUGACGAGUCGGCGGACGACUAUGAGGUCCUGAAAGCCGCUUUACUGAGGCGCUUCCAGGUGACAGCCGAGACUUACCGUCUCCGCUUUAGACAGGCAAAAAAAGAACAAGGCGAGACACAUGACCAAUUCCAUCACCGUGUGUUACACAAUCUAGACAAGUGGUUGAGUAUGGCUAACGUAGACCCGUCCGACCACAAGAGUGUGCGGGAGGAACUGGCUAAGGAAGUAGUGAUGGGCAGUUACCGGCCGGACUUAACAUUCCAUCUGGAGGCGCACGGAGCAGCCAGCCUUGCAGAAAUUGCAGUCGCUGCCGAGCGGUUCGACGCAGCGGAGCAGAAACGGUGGAAAGGGAGGAAGGAGGCUGAACGGAACGAAAAGCCCCCCAUCCAACCCAGCAACAAGGACGGCACUGUAAGCAAGACGGUAACUCACCCCAGGAACGGUGGUCAAACUACCGGAGAAAGACCGGAGGCUAAACGAAUGAGUAACAGUUGCUUCAAGUGCGGUAAAGAAGGUCACAUCUCUCGCGACUGCCCUCAACGGAAAGUGAAUGACCACGCUUCGCUUAAUACGUUAAUGGGUGGAGACAUACACAGCCUGGUGACUACAAGAGGUAUGGUAAAUGGUCAGGAGUACGACAUUGUGCUGGACUCCGGCUGCACGUACCCCGCAGUGAUUGACAGUCGCAUGGUCGCGCCAGAAGAUAGGACAGGUGAGAUGGUGGCGAUUGAGUACAAUGACCGGGACAUCAGGAAGUUUCCCGUGGCGUACAUUGACAUCGACUGUCGAUACAUUAGCGGAAGAAUCAAGGCCGCAUGUUUCGACAAUCCCAAGCACCCGAUCAUUCUGGGGUGUCGGCAUGUCAUUUGUCCGGAUCCAGAAGCUCAUUGCGCCGAGUUACAUGCUAUUACCCGCGCGCAAGCUGCUCGUAAAACCACCAUCCCUUUAUCGGUCGCCAGCCCCGUCGAGAACACCACCCCAGCUGAACUGCGGAAACUACAAGCCGAAGAUAACAGUCUCCAGCGGCUGCGAGACUCAGCUGUAACUGGGAAGACAAGAGUAAUAGGCGGCGAGGAGGUCAAAGUGGUAGUCAAAAGGGGAAUCUUACUGAGGCAGGUCAAGGGCAGAGACUUCGAACGGAAGCAAGUGAUCGUGCCCAAGGAGAAAAGAGUCGAAGUAAUGAGAUUGGCUCAUGAGGGUAUUUUUAGUGCUCACCACGGGGUGGCCGCCACUCGUGAGCGGGUCACCGCAGAAUUUUAUUGGCCAGGAGUUGCCGAUGACGUACAACGGUAUGUGCGCUCGUGUGAUAUUUGCCAACGGACAGCGACCAGAGCCCACGUUAAACCGGCCCCAUUAGGGGAGGUACCGGUAAUUGACGAACCGUUCAAGAGGGUUGCAAUGGACCUGGUCGGCCCGAUCAAACCGGCGACUGAACGAGGUCAUCGGUAUAUACUUACAGUGGUAGAUUAUGCCACUCGGUUUGCAGAGGCCACAGCUCUCAAAAACAUGGAGACCGAAACUGUGGCUGAAGCCCUACUGGAGAUAUGGGCAAGAAUCGGUAUACCUGAAGAGGUGCUGACCGACCAGGGUAGGCAAUUCGUGAGUGCAGUAAUGUCCGAAGUAAACCGCCUGUUGUCCAUUCAUCACCUGACGACGACGCCUUACCACCCUCAAUGUAACGGGCUCGUAGAGAGGUUCAAUGGUACUCUCAAGACUGCCCUGAAGAAGUUGUCGGACGAACGACCACGGGAUUGGGAUCGGUACAUUCCGGCGUUGCUGUUCGCCUACAGGGAAGCGCCACAAAGUUCGCUAGGGUUCUCUCCCUUUGAACUCGUAUAUGGACGAACGGUGCGAGGCCCCAUGGCCGUAUUACGCAAGCUAUGGACUGACGAGCAAGUGCAAGGGGAGGUGAAGACGUGUUAUGAAUACGUCACCGACCUACGGCAGCGGCUAGAAACCAUUAGCGAGCUUGCACGAGAGAAUUUGGGGGAAGCAAGAACCAAACAGGCCCAACAUUACAACAAAAAGGCGGUAGUAAGAGAAUUUGGAGUGGGGGACCGUGUGCUGCUACUGUUACCGACCGCACACAACAAGCUGCAAGUGCGAUGGAGAGGUCCGUAUUCCGUCACUAAGAAAUUGAGCGGCCUCAACUACCAGGUCAAAUUAGGAAACAAGGAGAAGACGUUCCACAUAAACCUGCUAAAGAAGUACGUCGAGAGGCCAGCCUCUUUACUUUUUGCCGCCGUCGUGAAUGAGGAAGAAGAACAAGACGCCGCAUCGGCCACCCAGCUCCCGAGCUGUCCUAUGGUGCAGAAAGAGACGCAUAGGGACGUGUGUGUCAGCAGUAAUCUCACCGCGGAGCAGAAGCAGGAAGUCGAAAACCUACUUGCUACUUACAAGGACGUCCUCACGGACAAACCCGGUCUGACUACGCUGACCGAAUUUUCCCUUACAGUGACCGACAACAGACCUAUCAAUUUAAGACCGUAUACGCUUCCGCAUGCUAAAUUAGACGCAGUUAAGGCCGAACUGCAAGAAAUGUUAAAGUUAGGGAUCAUAGAGCCAGCAGAGGGCGCAUACUGCUCGCCGAUAGUGAUGGUCAAGAAGAAGGAUGGAGUUACAGGUUUUGCGUGGAUUACAGACGUCUUAAUGCAGUUACCGAGUUCUUGCUGAACCGAUGCCCGGACCAGAAG